GUUCUCCACUUAAUCCCUUCUACCCAGCAGCCGCGUUUACCCGCGACCAGAGAGGCUGUUCGGUUCGCGACCACGCGGAUAGUAAACGAGCAGUCAGUGUUGCUUCUGCAGGCGGACAGCAAUUUAUUGUUCACACACAGACAGACACCACUCGCGCUCGCGUCAUGGCUGCUGAAUGGGGAUACAGUCCCACUAAUGGACCCGAUGUGUGGGCACGAUUGUUCCCUCAGGCUGGAGGCGCCAGGCAGAGCCCCGUGGACAUCUGUACAUCCAUCGCCAGCAGUGACUCGAAUUUGGAGAUGAAAAAACUAACGUUCGCCUACGAGUCGCAAUCGGAUCUGAGGAUCCUCAACACCGGCCACGGCUGGAAGGUGGAGGCACCCCAGUCGGGAUCCAGGUUGGAAGGUGGUCCUUUGGGGGAAGAUAUCUACCAGCUGGAGCAGUUCCACUGCCACUGGGGAGAGACCAGCGCCGAAGGCUCAGAACACACGGUUGAUGGCCGGGCGUACGCAGGAGAGCUCCAUUUGGUGCACUGGAACACAACCAAAUACCAAAGUUUUGCUGAAGCUGCUCAACACCCUGACGGCCUUGCUGUUCUUGGAGUUUUCUUCGAUGUCGGAAAUGAGAGCAAUGAUGAAAUUGAGAAGAUAGUUUCCACCCUGAGCGAGAUAAAAUUCAAGGGUCAGUUCACAGACAUUCCUGACGUCAUCGAUCCAACCACUUUCUUGCCAAGUGGCCUUGGAUACUGGACUUACUUGGGCUCGCUCACCACACCUCCGUGUAACGAGUGCGUCAUCUGGAUUGUGUACAAAGAGCCUAUUACCGUCACUGAAGAGCAGCUGGUCCAGUUUCGCAGCCUGAGCGCCUGUUCAGGCGAGGCUGAAGAGUUCAUCGUGAAGAAUUACAGGCCGCCACAGCCCCUUGGCAACCGUGCCUUGCGAGAGUGCAACGCCGCUUAAGCAGGUCCCGACAAAAAUCGUCCAUUCCAGUUUCCAGACCCUUGCUUUUACAUAUCCGACUCGUUGAUUCAGAGGAUUGUUGAUCCACAAAUUCUAAAUAGCCAUCCUCUAUUUUGAUAAGUACGAAUAUAUUAUAUUGUAUUGUGUAUUAAAUAUAUCGACCAGAGCGUGCCUUCAAACGAAAAGCUGAUAUUCGAAUAGAAAAUGUAUUAAGUAGUGAGAAUCGGCUGCAACUCUCCAUUCUUCGGAGGAUUUUCCUGUAUUUAACUGUCCCACUCGAUUGGAAUUUGAACUUAUACUAAACACUCCUCUUGCCUUUGAUUCCUGCCUCUUUUGGAUGCUGCGUGCGAGAUUAUUAAAGCGGUUUGCAGAGGGACCUGGCGUGCUCUGGAAGUCGAGCCAGUUCCUUUCAGAGGUCUCUAGCUCUGCGACCGCGCCGCGAAAAAUUGUAGCAGGCGACUGCGCCUAAUUUUUGCCUGCUGCAUGGGAGUUUUAUUACUUAGGCGGGCAUGGAAUGAUAUAUAUUGGAUCUUUUGUUUUUUUCUUGCCGUUAAUUACUGAAAUAGACGGCCUUUAUUCAUAACCAAGUUAUAUAUUCCUUUUGAAAAGGAUAAUUUAAUUACUUUUGCAAUUUGUUUGCAAUAACUCUUUUAUUUCUUUCCCUCUCUUCAUCUUGGGCAAUCUGAAAACGGUGUCUUAGUUACUGCGCAUAUUGUACAAUAUAGUUUUAUACAGCUGAUAAUAAACUAGCUGCCUUAAAUGUUAAAAAGAUGAUAUAUAUUGUGAUGUUGGCACAUUUUUAGUGUUGCAAGUUUGCACGCAAUAAAAUUGUUGAUGAAGUAA